AUGAAGGAUUUCGAUGUGAUCUUGGGUAUGGAUUGGUUAUCCGCUCAUAGUGCCAAUGUAAUCUAUGCAGAGAGGAAGAUUUUAUUUAAGCCAGAAGAAGGUGUAGAGUUUACAUGUAAAGACAAGUAUGUCCUCAUCUUCAUUAAUGACAUCUUGAUCUACUUUAAGAGUGAAGAAGAGCAUGCAGACCACCUCCGUUUGGUAGUGCAACAUUUGAGAGAAAAGCAACUGUACGCCAAGUUCAGUAAAUGUGAAUUUUGGCUACAACAAGUGGAAUUCCUGGGGCAUCUAGUUUCUGCCAAGGUUAUUGAAGUUGACCUUAGCAAGGUGAAGUCGGUGGUUGACUGGGAGACACCUAAGAAUGUGGCAGACAUUUACAGUUUCUUGGGCUUAGCUGACUACUACAUAAGAUUCAUUAAGAACUUCUCGAUGAUUUCAGCUCCAAUGAAUCGACUGACCCAUAAAGGAGUGAAGUUCAAGUGGUCAAAUGAUUGUGAGAAAAGCUUCCAGGAGUUGAAGUAG